AUGUACUCACCAUAUAUGCCAUUCUUCACAUCACAACAGCCGCGAUCUGUCAACGGUGGUUAUCGCCAUGACCAAGUCAUGUAUGGAGACAAUGCCAACUUAAUAUCUCGAUCCGGCAACCGACACCAACCUUUAAUGAAGCAUCCUUACCAUCCCUCAAGUAAUUCAUCGUUACCUCCAAUCCCUCCUAACGGCCACUGUGGUAGCAACAAUGGCCUAAUGUACGAUUUUACAGCUGCGGCUGCAGCAGCCGCCGCUGCUUCUGUGAAUAUGUCCACAGGGAACGAUAUGGCAUAUACCAACUUGGAUAUAGAUAGAGGAGUUAAGCGAAGACGUCGACUCACACAAGAAGAAACUAAUUUGCUGAACGAUAUUUUUGAGCGAACGUCGAAACCCAAUGCACUCGUGCGUAAAAUGUUGGCAGAACGUUUGAAUAUGAGCCCUAGAACUGUUCAAAUUUGGUUCCAAAACCGUCGUGCCAAGGUGAAGAAGGAUGGAAAAAGUAGCGGUUCUAUAACUGGUAAUGACAGCUCUCCGUCUACCAGCGGCGAUUCUCCGAAUUCAAAGAGCUUGAGUGAUUCUGGACCAAGUCUCAGCAGAUCAACAUCAACAUCAUCGACAGUGACAGAUACCACAUACAAGCUAGUGUCGCAAGAACAAGAAGCAUUCACUCCGUCAUUACGAACGGAUAGCAUCACAUCCAAUUUGAGCGACUGGUCAACGGAUUGCGACUGGGCCUUCCAAAACAUGGACUAUGGUUCCCCGAACAAUUCAAUGUAUGUUUCGACCAAAGAAUCUCCAGCGCACCAAGCUUCCAGAUCACACGACCCUGAAAGUGACACUACCGGUAAUUCCGCUUCAUCAAACCAGGCAUGGCCACUUGAGUUCCCUCUAGGCACUUGCGAAGGCGAAAAUUACUUGGGAAUUCACCCAUUGAGACCUAAUCAAGAGGUGGAUCCUAAUAAAUGCAAGCAGGAAGAUUUGUCGUUCAGUACACCGUUGGCGGCCGGAGCUGUCGCACCUACCGGACAUUCCAACGUACAUAAUCCUCCUUCUGACUGGUUUCCAGACUGCAACGAUCCCAACUAUCUUCUAGGUAUAUAUCCUCCGCAGGACAUGCGAGUUAAAAGUGUUUGUUUUGUACUAACUCUCCGUUUAUCAGCAGAUCAGCACUGUAUGCCACUACUUUUCCAAAGUCUUCAGGGCUUAGGUGAUAUUCAUAGCACUGAAGAUUUGUUUAAAUAA